AUGGAGAGGCUGACGUUGCCUUCCGGCGGCGCGGCGGUGGUGGACGAGUACUUGGAGUACCGAAGAAUUGUUGGUGAGGACGAUGGAGGGAAACAUUUUACUCCUGAAGAAUAUGAAGAAUACAAAAAAAAAGUAUUACCGAUGCGCUUACAAAACAGAUUAUUUGUGAGCUGGCGAUCACCAACUGGAAUGGAUUGUAAACUUGUGGGUCCAGAGACACUGUGUUUUUGUACACAUAGGUAUAAACAACAUAAAACUGACUUUGAAACGAUUCCACAGCAGCGCCCUAUUAGUCUCCCUUGCCGAGUGACUGGCUGCCAGUGCAGGGCUUACCUUUAUGUCCCUCUCAAUGGUGCGCAGCCCAUUCGCUGCAGGUGCAAGCACUUUGCCGAUCAGCACAGGGCUGCGCCUGGCUUUAUGUGCAAUGCCUGUUCCAAGUGUUCAGGAUUCCAUAGUUGCUUCACUUGUGCUUGUGGUCAGCCUGCAUAUGCUCAUGACACAGUAGUGGAAACUAAGCAAGAAAGACUUGCUCAGGGAAAACCAGUGGGACAGGAUGUCCCUUAUGCAGCAAUGGGAGGUUUGACUGGCUUCAGCUCACUGGCAGAAGGCUACAUGCGAUUAGAUGACAGUGGGAUUGGUGCACCUUCAAUGGAAUUUUUAGACUCUCCAGUUACAGCCAUGGACCACCCAUUUCUGAAAGCAUUUCAAGCAUCAUCUAGUUCUUCUCCAGAAACACUAACAGAUGUAGGUACAAGUGGUCAAGUUGCUUCCUUAAAGAGACCUGAAGAGGAUGAUAUGGCUUUCUUUGAAAGACGAUACCAAGAAAAGAUAAAAAUGGAAAAGGUUGCUAAGCAGAAAGGAAAAGCACCGUUGCCAUCAAGUACAAAACCUUCAUGA